AUGUUUUUGUUUCAUCGGCGUUUUUCUUAUGAUAGUGGCGGAUAUCUCUUCCUGGUCCUAACGUCUCUUUCAUUUUUCGUUGCAACGUCACUUAAUUUCGUCGUUGCUACGUUCAUUCAUUUCAUUCUUCUUACUGCCUAUCCUUUCCUCGUACUUAAGUCCCUUCAUUUCCUCGUUCCUACAUCCCUUUAUUUUCUCGUUCCUACGUCACUUCCUUCCCUCAUUUCUAUACCCCUUCCUUUUCUCUUUUCUCGGUCUCUUCAUUUCCUCGUUCCUGCGUCUCUCCUUUUCUCGUUCCUACGAUCUUUCAUUUCCUCGUUCCUGCGUCUCUCCUUUUCUCGUUCCUACGAUCUUUCAUUUCCUCGUUCCUGCGUCUCCUUUCUCGUUCCUACGAUCUUUCAUUUCCUCGUUCCUGCGUCUCUCCUUUUCUCGUUCCUACGAUCUUUCAUUUCCUCGUUCCUGCGUCUCUCCUUUUCUCGUUCCUACGAUCUUUCAUUUCCUCGUUCCUGCGUCUCUCCUUUUCUCGUUCCUACGAUCUUUCAUUUCCUCGUUCCUGCGUCUCUCCUUUUCUCGUUCCUUGAUCUUUCAUUUCCUCGUUCUGCGUCUCUCCUUUUCUCGUUCCUACGAUCUUUCAUUUCCUCGUUCCAGCGUCUCUCCUUUUCUCGUUCCACGAUCUUUCAUUUCCUCGUUCCUGCGUCUCCUUUUCUCGUUCCUACGAUCUUUCAUUUCCUCGUUCCUGCGUCUCUCCUUUUCUCGUUCCUACGAUCUUUCAUUUCCUCGUUCCAGCGUCUCUCCUUUUCUCGUUCCUACGAUCUUUCAUUUCCUCGUUCCAGCGUCUCUCCUUUUCUCGUUCCUACGAUCUUUCAUUUCCUCGUUCCUGCCUCUCUCCUUUUCUCGUUCCUACGAUCUUUCAUUUCCUCGUUCCUGCGUCUCUCCUUUUCUCGUUCCUACGAUCUUUCAUUUCCUCGUUCCUGCGUCUCUCCUUUUCUCGUUCCUAAUAUCUUUCAUUUCCUCGUUUCAGCGUCUCUCCUUUUCUCGUUCCUACGAUCUUUCAUUUCCUCGUUCCAGCGUCUCUCCUUUUCUCGUUCCUACUAUCUUUCAUUUCCUCGUUCCUGCGUCUCUCCUUUUCUCGUUCCUACUAUCUUUCAUUUCCUCGUUCCAGCGUCUAUUCUAUUCUUCGCUCCUACGUCUCUUCCUUUCCUCUUUCCUAGGUCCUUUCAUUUCCGCGUUUCUACGUCCCUUCCUUUGCUCUUUCCAAGUUUCUCGUUUCUGCUUUCUUUCCAUUCCUCUUUCUACAUUUCUUCAUGCCUUUCUUUCCUCUUUCCUAGGUCCUUUCAUUUCUUCGUUCCUACGUCCCUUCCUUUCUUCUUUCCUAGAUGUUUUCAUUUUCUCGUUCCUUUCCUUGUUUCUCGGUUCAUUCAUUUCCUCCUUCCUAGCUCCCUUCAUUUUCUCGUUCCUACGUCCCUUCCUUUUCUCUUUCCUUCGUCCAUUCCUUUUCUCUUUUUUAGGUCACUUUCUUUAGUCGUUCCUACGUCUCUUCCUUUCUUCUUUCUUAGGUCCCUUCAUUUCCACGUUCCUACGUCCCUUCCUUUGCUCGUUCUUAAAUCUCGUCCUUUCCUCUUUCCUCGGUCAUAUCCCUUAGUCGUUUUUGCUUCCUUUCCAUUCUUUCUUCAUUUCUCCUUUCCUACAUGCCUUUCUUUGCUCAUUCCUAGGUCCCUUCAUUUCUUUGUUCCUACGUUCCUUCUUUUCCUCUUUCCUAGAUCGCUUGUUUUCCUCGUUUCUACAUGUUUUCAUUUCCACGUUCUUAGGUCCCUUCAUUUCCUCAUUCUUACGUCCAUUCCUUUCUCUGUUCCUACGUCCCUUCCUUUUCUCUUUCCUUCGCCCAUUUCUUUUCUCUUUCCUGGGUCACUUUCUUUAGUCGUUCCUACGUCUCUUCCUUUCUUCUUUCUUAGGUCCCUUCAUUUCCACGUUCCUACGUCCCUUCCUUUGCUCGUUCUUAAAUCUCGUCCUUUACUCUUUCCUCGGUCAUAUCCCUUAGUCGUUUUUGCUUCCUUUCCAUUCUUUCUUCAUUUCUCCUUUCCUACAUGCCUUUCUUUGCUCAUUCCUAGGUCCUUUCAUUUCUUCGUUCCUACGUUCCUUCUUUUCCUCUUUCCUAGAUCGCUUGUUUUCCUCGUUUCUACGUCCUUCCUUUCCUCGUUCUUACGUCUCUUCCUUUCCUCUUUCCUAGAUGUUUUCAUUUCCACGUUCUUAGGUCCCUUCAUUUCCUCAUUCUUACGUCCCUUCCUUUCCUCGUUCCUACGUCCCUUCCUUCUAUCGUUUCUACGUCCUUUCCUUUCCACGUUCCUAUAUUCCUUCCUUCCCUCGAUCCUUCCUUCCCUUCUUGCUACAUUAUUUCCUUCCUGCUUUUCCCCCUUUCUUCCUCAACGUCUUUCGCCCGUUUCAUUGACUUUUGUUGCUGUUUUUCUUUUCCUUUCUUUAAUGUUUACCAACGAUUCAUAUUGCAUUAUUAAUUCUUUGAAAUUAUCUUCAGAUACCACUUCUUUUCUUUCAUUCAAUAUCCGUUAUUUUCUUUCGUUCCUAUCCUCUUUCUUUUCUUUCGUUCAAUACCCCUUUUUAUAUUUCAUUCACUUCUUUCUCUUUAUUUUCAUUGAAUACCACUUCUUUUCUUUCAUUCAAUAUCACCUCUUUUCUUUUGUUCAAUACCCAUUGUUUUCUUUCAUUCACUACCGCUUGUUUUCUUUCGUUCAAUACCAAUUCUUUUCUUUCUUUCAAUACCCCUUCUUAGCUUUCAUUCACUGCCUCUUCUUUAUAUUUCAUUCAAUACCACUUCUUUUCUUUCGUUCAAUAUCCCUUCUUAUCUUUCUUUAUUUUUCAUUCAGUACUACGUAUUUUCUUUCGUUCAAUACUCACUUCUUUUCUUUCAUUCAAUAUCUAUUCUUUCCUUUUGUUCAAUACACAUUCUUUUCUUUCAUUCAAUACCAUUCUUUUUUUUUCGUUCACUGCCUCUUCUUUUCUUUCGUUCAAUACCAAUUCUUUUCUUUCAUUAAAUACCCUUUCUUUUUCUUUCAUUCAAUACCCAUUCUUUCGUUUCGUACAAUACUCCUUGGUUUUUUCGGGUUUCUCUACGCUUUGUUUCGCUAA